GUGAAUGAAAAAAUUGGUUUAGGAAACAGAUUUGUUUAGAUAUUUUAGUUAAAACUAAGCAUUUAAUAUUUUUCUCUUUAAGAACUUCAAUGCAACGGUACUAGAAAUAUUGUAGAAAUUUGGGUUUUCAUAGUAAUUGUCUAAUUCUCAUACUAAAACUGUUGGAAAUAGUCAUUGUUUUGCUUUAACAUUUUAUUUAAGCCUUUAUAAUGAGACUCGUCAAUUUGAAUCAAAAUGCAAUUUUAAACAGCAGCCAGUUAUGUUACAAAUCCAUCCAACACUCAUGCCUUAGAAAUGCGUACUCAGUAACCUUACGUGUGCUUAUGUAUUUAGCAUUAUGGACUGUAAUUCUGUUCACUGUGUCUGGAAACAGCUUGGUCAUCAUUGCUAUUGCUCAUUUCAAGCAGCUUCAUACACCAACAAACUAUCUGACACUUUCCUUAGCAGUUGCUGACUUUCUUCUUGGUGGUUUCGUAAUGCCUCCCAGUGUGAUCAGAACUGUUGAAAAAUGUUGGUAUUUUGGGGACUUUUUCUGUAAAUUUCAUAGCAGUAUAGACCUCUUGCUAUGCACAACUUCUAUUUUGCACCUUUUCUUUAUUUCUAUUGACCGUUAUUAUGCAAUUUGUCAUCCUUUAACAUAUAAGUCUAAGUUUACUAUAGUUUUUACAAAAAAGAUGAUUUUCAUCUGUUGGUCUCUAGCAGCUAUUUAUGGAUUUGGAAUGAUUUUUACAGGAUACAACAUAAAGGCUAAUGAAGAUAUCUUUGAUGUAAAUAAUAAUUGUGUAGGGGGUUGCAUUAUUAUUCAGAGUGAAAUUUCAAUAAUUUUUAUUUCAAUAAUUUCCUUUUACAUUCCUGGAUCUGUUAUGGUUAUGAUCUAUUUGAAGAUUUAUUUGGUAGCAAUGAAGCAGGUCAAAUCUUUGAGACAAACAAAUGAAGCGCACAGAAAUGAAGUCUCAAGAAAAAGAGAAACAAAAGCUGCAAAAACCCUGGCAAUCGUUGUUGGAACUUUUCUUUUUUGCUGGUCACCUUUUUUUUUAUGCUAUGUUAUUAUCCCCUUUAUUAAAUUUUCAGUUCCUUUGUUGCUUUUGCAGUUUCUAUUCUGGUUUUCCUACACAAACUCAACCUUUAAUCCUUUUAUCUAUGCAUUUUUUUAUAAAUGGUUUAGAAAGGCACUAAAACUGAUUAUAUUAGGUCAGAUAUUUAAAAGCAAUUCUUGCUCUGUGGAGCUUUAUUCAGAGUAAAGAAUCAGAUAUUUUAAUUCAGAUAUGUUGUCAAAAGAAUUCUGUUUUAGAUUUACGUAAUCAAUACAUUUUUUUGAGUAUUUUCAAAUCUUACCAAGUGAGCAUAUACCUCAGCAGCACUGGGUGAGAAGCAACCUAAGCAUCCAACCCAGUGUACU